ACAAGGAGUUUAUAUUCAUUCAACUUGUUGAAGUACUCCCGCAGUCUGGAGUGAAGUUUGUUGGACUGUAUAUGAGGAUUUAUCAAGCAAAGAUCUUUCCGGUGGAUUAAGCUACGUUUUGUUUAUCAUGGACUGAUGAAGCAGGCUAAAGACUUGGCAAACAUGGCAGGUGCAGACAGUGAAGUCAAAACUCUGCUCAAUUUUGUAAAUCUGGCCUCCAGUGACAUAAAGGCGGCCCUGGAUAAGUCCGCUCCGUGCAGGCGCUCCGUGGAUCACCGGAAAUACCUGCAGAAGCAGCUGAAGCGCUUCUCUCAGAAGUAUCCCAGAGUGCCAAGGUGUCACGCGCACAGAUCCGUGGAUUACAGAUGUCUCAAGCCGGCGGGGGCAGCUCAUCAGAGCGCGGAGGCCAGCUCCGACGCGCAGGACGUGGAGAACGUGGACCAGGUGCCCAUGAGGAAGCGCCAGCUGCCUGCCUCGUUUUGGGAGGAACCCAGGCUGAUGAAAGCCAGACGGGACAAAUCAUGCUUGAAGAGAAGCCCCGUGGGAGCAUCCGAUGGGGGAGAAAAGAGGAAAACGACCGUGGAUGAUGACGCAAAGGCCUCUCCCUCCAAUCGGCGCAGUUGUGCAGAUAAAGAGGUGCUGAAACUGGAUGUGACCUCUCACCACACGGUGAGCGUCUGCGGCUGCUGCCCCUUUCAGUACCACGGACACCACGUCCUCCACAGCCACAUUGUCGUCCCCCAUCCGCCCCUGGGACUGUGGAGCAAGGCGGCAGGAACCGAGGAGCAUCCUUAUGUUCAGAGACUUCACACACACGUUGUGGUCAAACCCAUACCCACCAAGCCCUCUGCUCAGUCACCAAUCCUCAGUGUGUUUGGAUUCAUUUAAGCAGCAUGCAUGUGUAAAUAGGACAUUUGUUGGUUUUAAUAAUAAUAUUUGGGAAUUUCAUAAAGAGAUGCUUCCUUAAGCACUUAUUGGAAUACUGCAUCUCCUUUUCUUUUAACCUAAAUUGCACUGGCUCCAAAAAAAAUUCACCAGCUUCUCUUUUAUGACACCUAUAAACACUGCCGGCACGUUUUAAAAGUUUCUUGUUGUGCACAGAGAGUG